AGGACACACCCCAUGUCAUCUGCAGAAAUGUCGGCUGCCGGCCACCUGGACGAGCUGCAGUUGCAGCGACUGGAUGAGAUGUACAUUGUCAUUGAUGAAAAUGACUGCAUCCUCGGGGCUGAAACCAAAAAGAACUGCCAUCUGCGGAAGAACAUCAACAAAGGACUGAUGCACCGAGGCUUCUCCGUGCUUAUCUUCAACAUGAAUGACGAGCUCCUGGUUCAGCAGAGAUCGGAUGCCAAGUACACAUUCCCAGGUGGGUGUCCCCAGAGGCUCUGAGCAG